CAUUACGGCACAAAAACCAACUGCGAAAUGCAACAAAAACCCACAAGUCUCCCAAGCCGCCUAAACUCCAGGGCACAAACUCAUGUUUCUACAUUCCCCAAUGUAACAUCGUCAAGUAUAUACUCCAGAAAGGGCCAUACUGGGGUGUCGUCGCACGAAUAGGAGGGUCGAGAUGAUAGGUGAGAAGGAGGGGUUGGAGAUAAGGAAAUUUGAGAGUGGAGGGCCAUGGGUGAACGCUUAUCUUGGGUAAUGACAUGCUUCUAUUGUGGAUUGGACGAAUUGGAGGAUGGGAGGGGGAUGCGAUCGCCGACUGCGGAGACGACUUUGUCCUUGGACCUGAUGCGCAAGAAGCGGGAGGAAUGGAUAUAUGGGGGAUUGCGUCAUUCACUAUUUUCUGGUCCCACGGUUUUUGUGCCAAGGUCAGCCCUUGGAUUCACGUGCAGCUUGUUGUUUUCUGUGACAGGCGAGACAAGCGAAGGGUGAGGUGACUUGAAGAUGAUACUUAGAUCAGGUGUGUGGUUGGAGUGACCUGCAGGAUACAGCAAUUUUUGCUUCUUUUUUUAUCUAGCAGCUGGAGGCUUGACACAUAUCCAGUCGUCACGAAGUUCAUCUCGUAAACUUGCCCGACUUCCUAGUCCGAGAAGAGGUAAGUUGUUGCUGGACCAAUCAGGGAUCUUCAAUUUGGCCAUGCCUCCAUUAAGAAGCACUCCGUUUUCGCCCAAUGACGGUCAGUUCCGUUUCCUGAGGAGGGGAGCCUGGCUUUUCUCUUGUCCUUCUGCCUUGCUGGAUUUUCCAAAUCACAUCAUCACCUUCUGCUUUGGUUCUGACUUAAAUACCAGCCGACCUUUCAAGACUAUCCUAGGCACAAAAGUAUAGCAACCAGAAAAAGUCCUAAAACAUGAGCGCAAGAGGAAGCACUGAAGUUAGCCAUGGCCGUGGUGGUAUGUGUUUCUCUUUCUCGCUUGAGAUCUGUAUGCGCCUGAGCUUGCUAACACCCAAUCAAUAGGAGCCGGAAACAUUGGCGCAGACGACACACCGUAUGUUUUCUAAGCAAUCCCAUCUUGGAAGUAUCAAGACAAUGGCAAGAACUGACAAUGUACAAGAUACGGCGACGGCGAAAUUGUUCGUGAGGGAGCAGCUGGGGACCACGGCGAUGGAGCCUUUAGCACUGGUCGAGGCGGGGCAGCAAACAUCGGAUCACCCAACCAAAAGGCCACUGUUCGAAAAGAUGAAGAAGCCAUUCCACAAGCCGCUCUUCGCCCAAGUACGGAGAACCAAGAUCAUCAUGUUGGACGAGGUGGUGGAGGAAAUGUUCACCUGGCAGAGAAGCAAGGCCCUAAGCAUCCAGAGGGAUUGGCGGACAAAUUGAAGAACAAGCUAUUCAAGAAGAAGGCCGCGAAGGAGGAGACGAAGACAUAGAGCUUGGAAUCGGACUCUGGCGAUAUCAGCAAGUGCUUCACUUUGGACUUUAGUUGGACGGAUGGACUAAUGCAGCAAGCAGCUUUGAGCGUCGAUAGCAGUUGAGGGAGUUUUUUGCGGAUUUGGAUUUUUUCUUGAUACCACCUUUUUGUGUCAGCGUACUUGACGACAUGUUGUUUUUCUUCUGCAAUUCUCGCCAUAGAUAGUCAGCAUGGAAUAAAUAAUAAACUUGGCACCAUCAUCCCAG